AUGCAUGCGUCUUCAGCGUCGCUCCAUACCCUGGAAGAUGAGCUUCUCAGUGAAGCUCGGAGACGCGCUUUCUACAUGGGGCGAAUCCUCAACUACUAUCUCCCGGAUCUUGACCUUAGUACCAAGGGGCUCUACGAGAAGGUGAAGAGUCUCGACUCGGAGCAGAAAGCCGUUGAUCAAUCUGCUGCUGCCAGUCCAGAGAGUGAAUCUGACGUCAAUGAUACCCUACAAGGCGAAGAAUGCACGAUCAAUGCCGUCAAUGAUGAUGUUGCACAUUAUUCGGGAGAGUUAUCGUACUGGAACUUCUCUAUGCGCCUCAACAAGCAUGUGAAAGAUUUGAUGGACACUGAAGAUCAGCAAGAUAUCCCGCACUAUUGGCGCGUAGAGCAACUCAACUCAAGUCCGAUAGCUGUGUCGAAGGCAGCCUCAACACUUCCGCCGCUGCAGAUUGCAGAAUUCUUGAUCUCGGUUUAUCUGAAGCACGCAGCAGUCAGUUAUUUCUGUUUCGAACCGCAUUGGAUAGUGGAGAAGAUGGGUCUAAUCUAUAAUAAAACUCCUCACCUGACUCCCAAGGAUGCGGGUGCAUUGGUGACUCUGCUCGGUGUCUUGGCUAUUGGAAGCCAGCAUGCACAUCUGGAGUCGCCUAAAAAUGCUCGGACGCAGAGAGAAACCGACUCCCAUGACAACGAGCUCGGCGCUGUGUUUUAUCAACAAGCAGCAAGGCUACUGCCUGAAGUGAUCCACCUCGGCUCUUUGGAAAGCGUUCAAGGGUGCUUGCUUCUUGGCUUGUACGCCCUGCCCGUCGAUGCCUCUGGUUUGGGAUACAUCUACUUGAACCUAGCGAUGAAGAUGGCGAUGCAGAAUGGAAUGCAUCGUCAAGCACCUGAUACCGUUUUCGCGCCCGAAGCUAUCUCAAGGCGGAGCAAGAUAUGGUGGACAGUCUAUUGUCUUGAGAGGAAGAUCAGCAUCUACCAUGGGAGACCCAUCUCCGUUCGGCCAAUGGAUAUUGACGUGGGUUUGCCUCAUGACGAAUUUGAGCCUCUUGGACAAGAUUCGAUUUCCUCAACAUCGAGCCUGCGGACGCUGAUUAAGUUGGUUGAUAAUUUGGGACAAGCUGCCGAUGACAUUCUACUGCUUCGAAACCGAAAUAAAUUGCAGACUUCCGGUGUCCUUACCCGACUAAUUUCUAAACGAGAUGAGAUCAAAAGGUGGUGGACAGAUUUGGCCUUGCACAAGCAACCGUUCUCGCGACCAAAGAUACACCUGCAGCUCGAGUAUUGCCUGCUUCGAAUGUUCCUAGGACGCCCUUUCCUGGUCAACCGUGAGGUUCCCGGACUCAGCCCGGACUCAACGUCAGAAGAUGCCCUAGCUCAGCAGAACCCCACACGCAGUACCGCUUCUCAGUCACAACGGCAGUCAUCACGCGCAUCGCGUGCUACAUCUUUGGUGGAUGAUUGCGUUUCAGCUGCGACCGAAGCCAUCGAUCUGUGCCAGGCAUUACGAGACAACGAUUGUGGCCUGGCGGCUGUCUCGUAUGUCGAGUAUAGUUCUUGUAGGGCUUCACUUCUGGUGCUCAUUGCGUUCUGUAUUCGUACCCAGACUAUUCAGUGCUUUGAUCAUCAAAAACGGGGGCUGGAAAUGAUUCGAGAAAUGGCGGCUACAGGAGAGUCAGCAAGGCACGAGAUUCUUCUGAUUGAGGCCCUCGGCCGAGCGUUGAAACGUCUUCAUCUGUGGAACCAAAAUACAUCGCCUGAUAGUAGGGCGUCUCCUAAGCGACCUCAGGCCAGCUAUCACGAUUUCAAGCAGUGGAGGACCCUGUGGAGAGCAGACAAAUCAGUUCCUCGGUCCGCGGAGCCAGAGGAGCAAAUUUUGUCGUCGGCAUCUCGAUCACAGCGAACCGAGGACACGGUGCGACAAGUACAUAGGUCCGAUCUUGGUUUCGUUAACACUGAGGCAAAUGGGUCCGACCAACAACACGAUACUGCAACCUUCGGAAACAUCGUGUCAGGCGUUUCUGCUAGCAACGCAGCUCCAAGAACCUUCGACCCCAGUCUCUUUGGCUCGAACAGUAUGUUCCCCGUGCCAAACGAUUUUUACAAUCAUUCCGAGUGGCAGCUGCUGGAGAGAUUCUUGGCCAUCCCUGACAAUCAAUUCCCACAUGCUGCAGGAAUGCUGGCUGAUUCGCAUUCUUUGACAACCUCAAAUUUGAGAGAUACAAAUAGCCAGGACUUUGGAGGUAUGACAUUUUGA